AUGGCAAGCGCGGAAUCAGAUGCUCCCAGGGGCCUGGGAGUUGCAAGCAGCUCACACGACCUUACAUCGCACACUAGCAUCAGCAGCAACGACAGGACUGCAGACAAGGCUGAUGCCCCCGAAAAAGAGGAGCUGAACGUAGAAACCACCGUGGAUGUCCCAAAUGGCUUAGAGAAAGAAGUCAAUGAGCGUGGCGAAGACAUUUCUGCCAGCGGCAACAAGUCCAUGCUGUCGGCGAUGCCAAAACAGAGGCAAAUCAUGACGUUCUUUGCGCUGGCACUGGCUGUUUUCAUUGCCUCUCUCGACCAAACCAUCGUGGCUAGCUCAAUGCCGGCAAUCGCCGAGCACUUCAAUGCUCUGUCGUCAGUAAACUGGAUCGCCACCAGCUUCCUCCUGGCCUCAACCGCACUCCAGCCUCUGUAUGGCCGCCUCUCCGACAUCUUUGGCCGUAUUGAGACACUGAUGGUCGGCCUUAUGAUAUUCUUAGUCGGCUCCGCCGUGUCAGGCGCUGCCACCAGCAUCAACAUGCUCAUCGCCGGCCGUGCCGUACAAGGCCUGGGUGCGAGCUCCCUGAUCUCCCUUGUCAUGGUCAUUGUAUCCGAUAUUACGAUUGAGCGCGACCGCGGCAAGUUUGCCAGCGUGUUUAGCUCUGUCUGGGCAAUUUCGUCUGUGCUCGGCCCAGUACUGGGCGGCGUGUUCACAGAGUCGAGCGCGGGCUGGCGCUGGGUGUUUUAUUUCUCGCUGCCUGUCGGAGCUGUUGCCGGCGUCGUUAUCUUUGUCUUCUUGAAUCUUCCGAGACCACGCGGGUCGCUGAUGCAGAAGCUGAAGCGGGUGGAUUUUAUCGGAAUCGUCGUUCUGAUCGCUGGUGUUGUGAUGUUCCUGCUGGCGCUGAACUUUGGCGGCAAAGACUACCCGUGGGUGUCCGCACCCGUGCUCUGCCUGCUGCUGAUCGGUCUGGCUGUCAUCGGCGCGUUUGUCGUUGUUGAGUGGAAGCUCCCUGCCGAGCCCAUCAUGCCAAUGCGGUUGUUCCAGAACCGCAACGUUGGCCUUCUGCUCACCCUCAACCUGUUCAUGGGCGGUGCAUUGUUUGGCCCGACGUUCUACAUCCCCAUCUACUUUAGCGUGGUUCAGAAUGCCGGAGCCAUCUCCUCCGGUCUCCACCUGCUGCCAUUUAUGUUGCCGAUCAGCGCCAUGUCCAUCUCCUGCGGAUACUUUACUGCCAAGACUGGCCGGUACCGGGAGCAAAUAUGGAUCGGUAGCGCAAUCCUGACGCUUGGUCUCGGGCUGCUGGCGUUGCUUGAUGAGCACUCGUCGCUAGGGAAGAGCAUCGGCAUCCUGAUUGUGAGCGGCCUGGGCAUUGGCAUGUGCAUUCAAACAUCCAUGAUAGGCGUGCAGACUGCCACUGAGCCCAGGGACAUGGCCACAGCCACCACUAUGUUUGUGUCGCUGCGCACGCUCGGGGGCACGAUCGGGCUGGCUAUUUUCCAGACUGUGCUUCAAAACACACUCAAGUCGCAGAUGAAAAAGGUCGCUACUCAGUUCCCAGAGUUUGCCAAGCUCAUUGCCGCAGCUGUCGACAACCAGACCGUCAUCUACAGCGACAGUGUGCCGGUGGAGCUAAAGCAGGCCAUGAUCAGUGCAUACACACACGCGCUACGACCUGUCUUCUACUCGAUGAUUCCAUUUGGAGCCCUGAUGCUCGUCUGCGCACUACUUUGCAAGCAUAUUCCGCUGAGGACACGCAUGACAAAAACCAUCUCCGAGUAA